AUGAAAUCUUAAAUUGAAUAAUGUGAAUUAUUGUUGGAAUAAUAACAAUAUUAAGAAUUAUCUAAUGAAAUUAACAAAAUGAUAGAAGAAGAAAGAGAAUAAGAAUAAGAGCUAUAAUAAAAACAGGAGUAUUUACAAGAAUAAGAAAAGUAAUUAGAACAAUUGAAAAAGGAAGAAGUAAAUUUAUAUUCAUCUCAAGGAAACUUUAAAUGAAUAUUACUCUGAAUAAUUCACUCAUUUAGAGUAAGAAAAGUAAUUACUACAAUAAAUAGAAAAUGAAAUACAAAUUUAAAAAUAAAGAGAAAUUUAGUUAUAGAUCGAAUAAAAAUUAGCAGCUGAAC